AUGUCGACCACCGGUACCUAUCGCGGUACCCCCAACAAGGGGAGGGGCGGAAUCCCCUCCUACAACAGCCCGUCUGGCAUCCCGCGUCCCUCUGACCACCAGAGCGAGGUUGGCGGCAGCUCCACGCUGAGUGCCAGCCGCGCGAAGCAGUCCAAACGCGAUGAGGCCAUUCGCAAGAAAAUCGAGAAUGAUCUGAACAAGAAGAGGGCUCCGACCAGCCGCCUGCAGCGCUCGCGCAAAGCGCCACCGGGGACUGUUCUGGCGCUGAAGCCCAGCAAUGCCCUCCAGAUCAAGCCGCACACGACCGUCGCCGAGGCCGCGCAGCUGAUGGCCGCGAAGCGUGAGGACUGCGUCCUGGUCACCGAUGACGACGAGCGCAUCGCCGGUAUCUUCACCGCAAAGGAUUUGGCUUUCAGGGUUGUGGGCGCGGGCAUCAAGGCUAGGGACAUCACCAUUGCGGACAUCAUGACCAAGAACCCGCUGUGCGCCAAGACGGACACCAGCGCUACGGAUGCUCUGGAUCUCAUGGUCAGGAAGGGCUUCCGCCAUUUGCCCGUCAUGGACGAGAACCACGACAUUGCUGGUAUUCUGGAUAUUACAAAGUGUUUCUACGAGGCGAUGGAGAAGCUUGAACGCGCGUACAGCUCCUCGAGAAAGCUCUACGAUGCGCUGGAGGGUGUCCAGGCAGAGCUUGGCUCGAGCCAGCCUCAGCAGGUCAUUCAGUAUGUUGAGGCCAUUAGGACGAAGAUGUCGGGCCCUACGCUGGAAUCGGUCCUGACUGGCCUUCCGCCUGUUACGGUUUCCGUCCGGACGUCCGUCAAGGAGGCUGCGCUGGCGAUGAAGGAGAACCACACGACCGCCGUCCUCGUGCAAGAUCAGGGCUCCAUUACUGGUAUCUUCACCAGCAAGGAUGUGGUGCUCCGUGUCAUUGCCGCUGGCCUUGACCCAGCUACCUGCAGUGUGGUCCGUGUCAUGACGCCCCACCCCGACUUCGCUCCCAUAGAUAUGAGCAUUCAGGCCGCCCUGCGUAAGAUGCACGAUGGCCAUUAUCUCAACUUGCCCGUGAUGAGCGAUGCUGGAGAGAUCGUUGGCAUGGUUGAUGUGCUCAAGUUGACGUAUGCCACGUUGGACCAGAUUAACACCAUGUCGACUGGAGACAGUGAGGGUCCCGCAUGGAACAAGUUCUGGCUCUCCCUUGACCACGAAUCCGAGUCCAUGGUCUCCGGGGAAGGCGGUAGCCACCACCCCCGCACAGAACUCUCACGAUCACACGUGAUGUCUCCCGGCCUGGACCGCCAUGGCGGAGGUCUGGAUCGCGUAGAGAGCGUCAUGCCCAACGACUCUGCUUCGCACGUUGGCAUGGAGACUCCGGAGCACUCUGCCGUUGCUACUUCGCCCGCCCUGCCCCUCGAGGACAUGCCCUUCGCCUUCAAGUUCAAGGCUCCUAGCGGUCGGACCCACCGUUUCCAGGCCGUUCCCUCCGCCGGUCUAGGCGCCUUUGUUGCGCAGGUGUGUGACAAGCUGGGCGGUGAAGUCGAGGCUGUUGGCGGGGUUCCCACUUUUGAGGAUGGUCACCUGAGCAACUCUGGCUUUGCCCUCAGUUAUCUGGACAACGAAGGCGAUAGCGUCUCUAUCACCACCAACCAUGAUCUUCUCGAGGCUGUCAGCCUUGCCAACAUGCACCACACUGAGAAGGUCGACCUUUUCGUGCACCACCCGGAGCACUCUCCCCUCCCCAGCACAGUGGCUCCCCAGGGAGUGCCCACAAUAUCCACGCCCGAGUCAACGAUUCGCGAGCGCAAGAAGCACGUCUCGGAUGAUGAAGAGAGCGACGAGGAGGUCGAGCGCCGUAGGAAGAGGAAGCAUCAGCCCGGACCUCCGGAGCAAGUCAUCUCAGGUGUUCCCAACGAGCUGCUCCUGCCCGGCGCCAUCGUUACGCUGGCCGUGGUCAUCAUCGGCGUGUUCGCGCUCGGCCGCGCCUCCAGCCGGUAG